AUGGGUUCGCUCAGCCCCUGCGCAAACCGCAAACCUCUCCACGAGGUGAUGCCCCCCUUGGUCCUGGGCACCGCAACCUUCAACUCGCAAUACGUCUCUGACCCCCUCAAUCCCGAAGUCCUGCCUGCGGUAUCCAUUGUGUCGCGCACGCUGGAGCUCGGCAUCAAUGCCUUCGACACCUCACCGUACUACGGACCCUCCGAGACGAUCCUCGGUGAUGCGCUGGCACAUCCGUCUAAUGCCCAGUACCCACGAUCUUCCUACUUUCUCGUGACCAAGGCCGGUCGUAUUGCUGGCAACGAGUUUGACUAUAGCCCGUCAUGGGUACGGUACUCGGUCUACCGAAGCCUGGAGCGGUUGCAUACCACAUACUUGGACCUGGUGUACAUGCACGAUGUAGAGUUCGUGUCGCCUGACGAGGUCUUGGAAGCUGUUGGCGAACUUCGACGUUUGCGGGAUGAAGGCGUCAUACGAUAUGUUGGGAUCAGCGGGUACCCGGUGGAUCAACUUUGCGCUCUUGCAGAGAUGCUUCUCGAGAAGACUGGGGAGCCACUCGACGCUGUUCUUAGCUACAGUCACUUCACCAUCCAGAAUACGACCUUGGGCACGUCGGCUGUUCAGCGCUUCACGCAGGCUGGAGUAGACGUGGUACUGAACGCAAGCAUGUUGGGCAUGGGCCUUCUUACAACCCGGGGCGCCGAUGCUGGACCCAUGGCCGUUUGGCAUCCUAGCCCGUCCGGCCUACGCGGUGCGAUCAAGGAUCUCGUAUCGGUAGCACAGGCUGCCGACGAGAAGCUCGAGGUGGUGGCUAUACGCUGGGCGCUGGACACCUGGGCUCGUGAUGGCUCGACCCGCGGGGUCUCCUCGUCCUGGUUGCCGGAGGGAACCAGAGUUGGUGUGAGCGUCAUGGGGGUCGCCAACGUCGCCGAGCUGGAGGAGACAUGGCGCGUAUUCCGCAGCGUGCUUGAAGGCUACAAUGCGCAGCCCUCUGGUCCCGGGAUGGUUGAGGCACACGAGUGGAGCUUGAACCGGCGAAAGAAGAUCCAAGGCCUCGUCGAGAAGAUGUGGGAGGUGCUCGGGGACUGGAAAGAUUACAGUUGGAGCAGUCCUGAGCCUGGGUUCGUGAAUACACGGAGGAAAGAGGACAAGGGCGUUGUGCCAAAGAACGAUAGCAUCUUUGAAAAAUACUUCAAGAGGCAGGGACUUCCGAACUGA